CGGUAUUCUUAGCUUCUCAUUGAGGGCGUAAGUCAAUUAUUGAAAUUAUAUUACAAAAGUGAAGUAAAAGAAAAAUAUCUUUCCAUGUUUUUGCAUUGAUUUCACAAACAAACUCAAAAUGACGGAGAAAAUAACCCUGUCGGAUGCACUGUCAAAUGUGGAAGUAUUGGACGAAUUGCCGCUACCGGAUGAGCAGCCGUGUAUAGAGGCGCAACCGUGUUCUGUUGUUUACAAAGCGAACUUUGACACGAAUUUUGAGGAUCGAAACGGUUUUGUCACUGGCAUUGCAAAAUAUAUUGAAGAAGCGACAACGCACGCAAAUCUGAAUGAAUUACUCGAUGAAGGUCAGAAACAUGCCGUCAUGCUGUACACUUGGCGAUGUUGUUCGCGAGCGAUUCCUCAACCGAAAUCGAACGAGCAACCGAAUCGCGUUGAGAUCUAUGAGAAAACGGUUGAAGUCUUAGCUCCAGAGGUCAACAAAUUACUCAAUUUCAUGUACUUUCAACGCAAGGCGAUUGAGGCAUUUUCUGGUGAAGUGAAAAGAUUAUGCCAUACCGAGAAGCGGAAGGACUUUGUGUCGGAAGCGUAUCUCUUGACCCUUGGAAAGUUUAUCAACAUGUUUGCAGUGUUGGACGAAUUGAAGAAUAUGAAAUCGAGCGUGAAAAACGAUUACAGUACAUAUCGUCGAGCUGCACAGUUUCUGAAAGUCAUGUCCGAUUCGCACACACUGCAGGAGUCACAAAAUUUAUCGAUGUUCCUGGCUACACAAAAUAAAAUUCGCGACACAGUCAAGGAUACGUUGGAAAAAAUCAAUGGGUACGAGGAGCUGCUGUCAGAAGUGGUGAACAUUUGUGUUCACAUGUUCGAAACGAAAAUGUAUUUGACGCCUGAAGAGAAACACAUGCUCGUCAAGGUAAUGGGCUUCGGGCUGUUUCUCAUGGACAGCGAUCUGUGCAACAUAAACAAAUUGGAUCAGAAGAAAAAGCUACGCUUGGAUCGCAUUGAUCGAAUUUUCAAAAAUCUAGAAGUCGUUCCGCUGUUUGGCGAUAUGCAAAUCGCCCCAUUCAAUUACAUAAAACGCAGCAAGCAUUUCGAUCCUAGCAAAUGGCCACUAUCCAGUUCCAAUGCCAUCAGUCCACAAGCUGACUUAAUGGUGCACUUGCCACAGAUUCGCGAAGAUCACGUAAAAUACAUUUCGGAACUGGCGCGCUACACGAAUGAGGUAACCACAACGGUCAAAGAUAAUCCGUCUGAUGCGGAGAAUCGAGCCACCGCUGAUCUAGCCUUGCGUGGAUUACAAUUACUGUCUGAAUGGAGCAGUGUGGUCACGGAACUGUACUCGUGGAAGUUGCUGCAUCCGACCGAUCAUCAUCAAAACAAAGAGUGUCCCGUUGAAGCCGAAGAAUACGAACGAGCAACGCGAUACAAUUACACCGAAGAAGAAAAGUUCGCUUUGAUUGAAGUCAUUGCGAUGAUAAAGGGUCUGCAGGUGUUGAUGGCCAGAAUCGAAACGGUUUUGUGUGAGGCAAUACGACGCAAUAUUUAUGCAGAGCUGCAAGACUUUGUUCAGUUGACGUUACGAGAGCCAUUACGAAAGUCCGUGAAGAACAAGAAAGACCUGAUUCGCAGUAUUAUGAUGUCGGUACGAGAAACAUCGGCCGAUUGGCAAAAGGGAUCUGAACCGUUGGACGAUCCAAUAUUGAAGGGUAAAAAAGAUCCGGACGGUGGAUUUAAAAUAACAGUCCCUCGACUCAACGUUGGACCAUCGUCCACGCAGUUGUACAUGGUCCGGACAAUGCUUGAAUCGCUGAUUGCCGACAAAUCUGGCGGCAAAAGAACUUUGCGAAAGGACAUCGACGGUGCUUGCUUAGUACAAAUCGAUCAGUUUCACAAGACUUCCUUCUGUUGGAAUUAUUUACUGAACUUUAGCGACACACUGCAGCGAUGUUGUGACCUAUCCCAACUUUGGUAUCGUGAAUUCUACUUGGAAAUGACAAUGGGUCGCAAAGUCAACAAAUGUCUUGUGAGACAUCAGCACAACGAAGAGUGCAGCGAUUUAGUGACGAUGGAGAAGCGCAUACAAUUUCCAAUUGAAAUGUCCAUGCCGUGGAUUUUGACCGAUCACAUCUUACGAACAAAAGAACCGUCGAUGAUGGAAUUUGUGCUGUAUCCGUUGGACUUGUACAAUGAUUCGGCGCAUUAUGCGUUAACAGUGUUCCGGAAGCAAUUUCUUUAUGACGAGGUUGAAGCUGAAGUGAAUCUGUGUUUCGAUCAAUUCGUCUACAAACUCAGCGAACAAAUAUUUGCCCACUACAAGCAACUGGCUGGAAGCAUCUACUUGGACAAACGAUUCCGUGUCGAAUGCGAAAUUCUCGGCUUCAAUUUCCAAUCUUAUCCGCGAAAUAAUCGCUAUGAAACACUGCUAAAGCAACGGCACGUUCAACUGUUGGGACGGACCAUCGACUUGAACAAACUUAUAACGCAGCGCAUCAACGCAGACAUGCAAAAAAGCUUUGAGCUUGCCAUCAGCCGCUUUGAGUCGUCCGAUAUAUCCGGUGUGGUUGAACUGGAAGGUUUGCUGCAGGUCAAUCGGAUCUGUCACAAAUUGCUCAGCAAGUGGUUGGCAUUGGACGAUUUCGAUUGUAUGCUGAAAGAGGCGAAUCACAACGUCUUGGCUCCUUAUGGUCGAAUCACGUUGCAUGUUUUCGUUGAAUUGAAUUACGACUUCUUGUCCAAUUACAAUUACAAUGCUGCAACGAACAGAUUCGUGCGCAGCAAAGCUAUUUCAUUCACCCAGCCACUACAACGUGAAAAACCGCCAAUAAUGUCACAUUACUAUUUGUGGGGUUCGAAGCAAUUGAAUGCGGCAUUUUCUGCACAAUACGGCCAAUAUACUGGAUUUGUUGGAGCUCCCCACUUCCAUGCUAUGUGCCGUUUGUUAGGCUACCAAGGCAUUGCUGUGGUCAUGGAAAUCAUUCUGAAAGACAUUGUAAAGCCGUUGAUCCAAGGCAAUCUUCUUCAAUUCACAAAGACUUUAAUGCAGGCCAUGCCAAAGACGUGCAAGCUUCCUCGGUGCGACUAUGGAUCGCCUGGAAUAUUAGGCUAUUAUCAAGCGCAACUGGUCGACAUUGUGCAAUAUCCCGAUGCUCGAACGGAAUUCUUCCAAUUGUUCCGCGAAUUCGGCAAUAGCAUCAUAUUCUGUUUGUUAAUCGAACAGGCGCUGUCACAAGAGGAAGUGUGUGAUCUACUACACGCCGCACCAUUUCAAAACAUUUUGCCGAGACCAUUCUGCAAAGAUGGCGAAAAACUGGAAACGAAACAGAAACGUCUGGAGGCUAAAUAUUCGGCUCUGCAAAUUGUCCCAAACAUCGAAAAGUUUGGCAAUGCUAAGCAAGCAAUGAUCGCUCGUGAAGGAGAUCUGUUGACGCGUGAACGGCUCUGCUGCGGACUCAGCAUCUUUGAAGUAAUUCUGGGCCGUGUCAAAGGCUAUUUGGAUGAUCCGGUUUGGGCCGGUCCACCACCAGCAAAUGGAGUAAUGCACAUCGAUGAAUGCUCCGAAUUUCAUCGACUGUGGUCAGCACUUCAAUUUGUUUAUUGCAUUCCUCUUGCAGUUAACGAGUACACUGUAGAGGAGCUCUUUGGCGAAGGAUUACAUUGGGCUGGAUGUACGAUGAUUAUGCUGUUGAACCAACAGAGGCGAUUCGAGGCUUUAGACUUUUGUUAUCACAUCUUGCGUGUUCAACGUGUUGAUUGCAAGGAUGACACAGUCAAGGGAAUCAAUCUGAAGCGUAUGGUGGACCGUAUUCGUCGCUUCCAAGUUCUCAACUCUCAGAUAUUUGCUGUGCUAAACAAAUAUCUGAAAAGCGGCGACGGUGAGGGCUCCAAUGUGGAACAUGUUCGUUGUUUUCCGCCUCCGCCGCAUCCGACAAUGAUGCCGUCGCAUUAUCAUGACCCGAAUAAAUUGAGGCAACAAAAUUAGAGAAACAUUUUCGGUUGAUGGAAAUGUUCUAUUUUGUUUGUUGUAUGUUAUCAGCAACGGACAACAUUACUAAUUAGAUGUAAGACCAUAUUGAGGUAAAAACGACAUUAAUAUUUAUUAAAUUAUCGCUUGAAUAAUUA